UCAGGCGCAGCUCGGUCGUCACAGUGCUAGUGAAGCGGAACACAAUAGAUAACAAUGUGGAGCCGGAGAUCAGCUGGAUCUCUCCACACACGCUGACCGACCAUGGCCGGUGCUCGAAGCCGCUGCUCGCAGCCGGUGCAGACGCCCCGUCGAGAAGAACCGUCCGGGGAGACCGGAGACGCGGCGGGGUCGCUGCGGGAGCUGCCGCGAUGGAUCCGGUUUUACUUGUACGGGAUGCACGGAUUGAGCCUGGACGUGCUGAUGUCCUCGCUGCACGGGGUCUCGAACCAUCGCGACCCCAAACUGCUGGGCUUCUCCUCCCCGUACCUCUGCGUCGUGCAGGCACUGAACCACUUCUUGCUGGAGAAGGUGUACGCGCAGAAGAAGAGCUUCCGAGGUCGGCCUGUGGUGUUUCAUCUGGUUUUCUAUCCGUCCAUCUACAUCGGGCUGCAGCUCCUCAUCGGCAACUUGAGCACGCUGACGGAGCAGGUGAGGCUGGUGUCCGGGACCCAGCUGGCGAUGCACUACCUCCUGGCUCUCUACUUCACCCAGGUGUUCCACAGAUGGGUGUCCCGGCUGCGCUAUCGCUCCUCGGGCCCGGAGGACAGGGGGGACGCGCGGCCGUAUGCGCCCCAGGUUCUCCCCGGCUUGGUGCGCUUCCUCUUCUUCGGGAUGCAGGGCCUUCUUGACGAAGUGAUCUUCACCUCCAUUUUCCACCUGGUGGAGAAGUCGGACCGGAGCCUGAGCGGCCACACGUCCCCGUGGUCCUUCCUGAUGUACGGCAGCUGCAGCUUCGUGGUGGAGAAGCUCUACCUGCAUCUGCGCUUCGUCAGGGGGUGGAGGACGUGGCAGCGGCUCCCUAUCUACGUCUGCUUCAUCUACACCUGGGAGUUCUGCUGGGGCCUGUUCCUCAGGCAGUUCGGGGCCUGCUCGUGGGAUUACUCCCACUACCCCUACAACGUCAUGGGGCUCAUCACCCUACUGUACCUGCCCGCCUGGGUCGGCCUCAGCCUGUACCAGGACAUCCUGUCCAAUGUCCUGAUGAGGAUCAAAGUGUGCAAAGAGGAGAGCAAAGAGGAGAGCAAAGAGGUCAACGGAGAGCUGGACUCAAAGAAAUAAAUACUUCAAUAUUUUCUCACAGAAGUUUGAAUCCUUGUCUGACCCGCGUCCUACUGACGAACAACUAUUUAUUCCAACAGGAAAUGAACAGGGCUAACAUUUAUUACUAGAAACAUAUUCAAUGAGAAAAAGGUUAGAGUUUAGUUAAAGUAUGUUAUAAUGUGGCUUGACUCAGGAGAAAGUCUGGAGUUCAUGUGUGAAACCAGCUUCAGAUACUUUGAGUUCAGUCUGUUGGGAGGGGACAUGUGUUACCGUGACAACAGAUGCAGAGAUUUUCAGAUUUGUGAUUUGGGGACGAGGACAAAUAUGAAGAUGAGACAUUUAAAGCAGCAUAUUUCUGGGUCCAUUUCCGAGGAUAAAAAACACUGGAGCCCGUUUUUAACAUGUUUAAAUUCACUUUACUGCCAUUUUUACCUGUCUGACGUGACCUGUGGUUUUAAUAUUAAAUUUCACAACUUUGAAAGUGUGAAUGUUUUUAAAUACCUGCAGUGGUAGAGUAGCUUGGGUCAGAUUAUAUGCACUGGCAUGCUUUAGUGGAAAUUUGAAUGCUAUAACACAAAGAAGUAGAAGUACACAUUUAGUUUUCUAAUUUAAAACUCACACAUUACCACCAACAAAUUGAAAGUCAGUCUUAAAAUAUAUUUUUAAAAGUUCCAACAAGAGGCUUGUAUCAUUUGUCCCAUUUUCCUUUAUUCCAAUAGUGGGUUUGUGAAUGUUUAAAAGGUUUUAUUGCUUUAUGAGUGUAUUAGAGUGAUGCAUUGCACCUAUUAGCACACAGAGAUAAACCCAGAGUAGCAAUGAGAGAACCUGUAGCUGAGCGGAGACGAGGGGCCGAGUGAGAUGUUACUGUGAAUCUUUCAUGAACCAAUCGUGACUUUGCUGCAGUGCCUUCCUCUGCAAGCCGAGUCGGCUGCUCUCAAACGGACCAAGUGUCCCACAGGUCUCCAUCUGUUCCACAGUUUAACCUGUUUCUAAAGAGAAGUGCAUGAAAUAUAACCAAUGUCAAUACAAGUGAUGUUUAAAUUUGAACAUCGCUGCGUCCUUAAACUAAAGAGUAGUUUUUUUUAUAAGUCCGAGCUUAAUCAAAUUAAUGCCGAAGCACUUUGACUGAGCAAGUGUAUCUCCAACUGACGGAUUUGUACAUUUCAUAUAAUCUCCGUCAAUCAGCGUCAGGGCUCACAUUUAAAUCUCACAGAGGAAAACAUUUAAUAUAAAUAUAUAUUGAUCAACUUAUCUUGACGUAGAUAUCACUCUUGAGUUCCGGGGGAACAUAUUUCACUAAACCUUUUUUGAAACCUGACUUAACAGUGGUCUUUAGUCUAAUGAACACUGUGAACAAACUGAAGCUGCCUUUAAUACAAUUGUGUAAAUUGAGGCCGCAGGUUGUUCUCAAUACAACUCUAGAUGUAGGUAAUUUCUAUUGAAAAGUUGUGGGAAUGUCUUAACCUUUUACAUAAUAUACAAAAUACAAUAAAAGUAUAUGGCCUUGUACACUCUGGAAUGUCAUUCAAAAUUAUCAGGCAUCAUUAUUAGAAUUAUUCACUUUGGAUACGUAGAAUGAAUUUUUAUCGGUUAACAAUUCCUUUUAUCGUCAAAUGAGCGUGUGACAUUGACCUAAAGAUUUUCAAUGGUCAAAUAACUGUAGGUCAGAUUUCCUUCUGUUUUGUGUUAUUCACAGAUUAUUUAAAAAGAAGCCAAAGUGCUUUUAGAAAAAGGUUAGAAUGGAAAUGGAUGGCUGACUUCCAAUGGCAUGUACUCUAUGACUCACACUCUCAAUUAAAUAUUAUUUUAUGCAACGUGA